ACGAUUUCAAACUGUCAUUGUUCUCGUACUUCCAAAAUUCCUUGGUAUUUUGUUUUGAUAGUCCACGUAAGACUAGUGGCAGCUGAAAAGCGACUUACAUAUAUCAUAGCUUUUGGUAAUAAAUUAGACAAAAUCUUACGCGCCAUAAUUUGAGAUGGUUCAGCUUGCCGAGUUGCGUAUUUAGGGAGAGUGUGUGGUUUUGGCUGGGUGUAUAAAGUCAGCGGAGGAGUGGGUUGGUCCUGAUCUUGACCAUGGUGGACUUCUUGGUACCAUUAAACAAUCACUCACCUUCACCCAACUACAAAGUAAGUACUGGAAAGUCAGCACAACAAACAUAAAGACUCCUCAUUUCUUCAACACAACACUUGUUACAGUAGUUACAAACGUUUUUGUGUUCAUGAAUAACAAUAAUCCUUCCAGUACAAUGGAAAAUAGUACUUACCCAUGGGUGACCCCUACUUCCCUUGGUCACAAAAGUUGGCCUCCAGGAUACCAAGCAAGUCUAACUGAUCUUUUCCUUAAGAAAAAUCCUCUUCAUUUUGGGACAGGUAUUUCUCAGUUAGCUGCAGCAUCUAGUUAUAUAGAAAAAAUUUCGACAUUUAAUGAGAAUUUUCCAAAGUGCCCUCAUCCAGAUGCUAAGGAUAAACCCUAUCCUUGUGAGAUUUGCCAGCAGUAUUUUUCUCUAUACAGUAGUCUGAAAUCUGAUGGGGCUUGUAGCAGCAACAGCUCAUGCAACAUAAAUAAUGACCCCAACAUCAACCGACCAUUAAGUGCUCCAUCUGAACGAAAACAACUUUCUCAACUACCAUCAGCACCACAGUCACCUACUACUGCUAUUGAGAGCUCCAGCCUUCCCCAACAAGCUCCUGUUACCCUUCUUUCUCCACCAUCCUUGCUUGAAGGGUCUCGGGAAGGCCACAUAAACUCAUCAAUGACCUUACAACAACCCAGCCGACCUCGACAUCUCCCAACUAAACAAUUCAUGUGUCCCGUCUGCCACAAGUACUUUACCCAGAAAGGAAAUUUAAAGACACACAUGAUGAUCCACACAGGAGAGAAGCCUUAUACCUGCCAGGUCUGUGGAAAAAAAUUCACUCAGAAAGGCAAUGUGGAUACACACAUGAAAAUUCACACAGGAGAAAAAGAUUACUCUUGUGUGUCCUGUGGUAAAUCAUUUACCCAGAAAGGAAACCUGAAGACACAUGUACGAAGUGUGCACACUAAAGAAAAGCCUUUUCUUUGUAGAGUUUGUGGGAAAUGUUUCUCACAGCGUGGGAAUAUGCAUACCCAUAUGAGAACACAUAACAAGGAUGACCACUUUCCUUGCACUAUAUGUGGAAAGACUUUCUCACAGAAAGGAAACUUGAGGACACAUGUGCAGCGUCAUACAGGUCAACUGCCAUCACGUCGUUAUAGUUCUCGUGGAGGUUCACGUUCUUGCUCUAAUGGAACUCGCUCUAUUCUUCAAUGUUCUGAGACAAACCAGAACCAAUUAUCUUCUUAUUCUUUCCAUAAUUCUCCUGCUCCUCCAGUUCCUGGAUCUCCACAAACCCAAUCCUCAUCUGUAAACCCCAUUGAUCUUGGUAAAUCUUCACAAACACUGACUUGUCCACCAAGACCAUCUCCUAGCCCUUUUCAAACCAUUUCCAAAGAAGCACCAGAAUCACAUUCCCAAUCAAUUCCUUCUCGUAGCUCUCCUCUCUCUCAGGUAUCAGUCAGUUCUUCUACUAUAGGAAUGGUGAAUGGAACAUCCUCAUCAAUUCAUCUCUCUUCCUUGGCAAGUCCUUCCCCUCCUGAUAUGUUAAGCCACCCUCCAUCUGUGUAUUCCCACCAAUCUUCUCCAUCAGUUGUACCCCAUUCAGAGUAUAUGAUCAAUCCUAUGAUGAACAGUCCUCCAGUCAGCAAUUCCCAGAUGACACGCAUCAAGAGUUCAUCUCCUUGUGACACAUCUGGCCAUAUGCAGUUCUCUGAACAAGACUGCCGGCCCUUUUAUUCUGCUCCACCUACUCCAGUUCCAGCCCCACUCGCUCAUUCCUCACGGUGGCUCUCUCAUGGCUAUCAGAGACAUUAUGGUAACUUCCAGGUUACAUCAGCAGUAGGUUCCUAUAAUCCUGUCUCUCAACAUCCCACACCACUUUCACGUCUUGCCCUUUUCAGCUCAAAUAUGAUGAGCCAUCACCAUAGCUUGGGAAGUCCUCUCUCAGAUGAGAAACGGAACACUGACACACUUGGGAUGUCAAGUCAGCACUUGUCAGAAGAUCAUUUCCACUCAUCAACUAGCCCAGACUUUUCACAGCUACUUGAUUGAAGAAAAUAUAGUUGAUGUUAGAUAUUCAACAAUGUACUGGUGAGUUUGAAUGCAGAACACUUACCUUAAACCUGGUAACAUCUUUCCUAAAUUACUAUUGAAUAGAAAAUUCAGUGUUUGUUUUUAAUUAUAUUUUAACUGACUGUUGGACCAAUAUGCAUGUUCAUAGUCUGGAAAAACAGAAAUGUGAAGGUAGCUUAGUUAUUUCUCACUCAGUGUAAAGUUCACUCAACCUGCCCAUAUUUUUAUGGCAUUCCCAUAAUGGAGACUGCAGCUUAGGUUAUAUUCAUCGUUAGAACAGCUUCAUUUUUCAUUGUGGAAACUCUGGAUCUUCAUUUCUACAGUUCAUAUUGAGUGUGUUUACUGGCUUUCUGUUACUUUUUAUUUUAUGAUGGUGAAAAACAUAUUAAAAAAACUUGUGUCAGUUUUUUUGUACAUUGGCUUGGACAAGUUAGAUUUUGUUUGAAAAUGUUAGAUGCAGGUAUUGGUGCUUUUGUAGGAACUGUGAUAACACCUUAAACUGGAAGUUCGGGUGUGUAGUAUCAUCCAGGUUGGUACUGGCAAUGUUUUAUAUUUGAAACACUGAAAAGUUUUUGUACUACAGCGAGGUUGAUACAAGUGAUAUGUGAAAACCGGUGAGAAAAAGCCAGUAAGUAUCAGACUUUUAUGUAUGUAUGUGUGUGUGUGUGUGUGUAUGCAUGGUGGAUUUUCUAUACAGUAACUUACUGUGUAUGUACAGUAUAUACUUAUAAUUUCAGUUUCUUUGAUAAACGUUUUGAGUAAAGAAGGCAGCUUUUUGAUGUUAACUGCUCUUUUAAAAUCAGGGGUAUGUUCAAUACAUUGUUGAAAAUGAAAUGUAUGUGGAGGAUGCAAUUUGUAUUGUACUAGUUAUUUGUAUACAUACAAAAGUUUAUUAUGAUGGUUCCUUUUAAAGGAAGUUAUAAUGAAAACCAGCAAGUAAGAUUAUCAUCAUCAGGAGGGUUUUGUUUUUGAAAAUUUUUAUUCUGGAGUAGAGUUUAAAGUUAUUUGAAUCUCAGAAAUGUUUGUUGUUGAAGUGUUGGAUUCAGACUUUAACAACAUCAUCCAAAGUUUUACUUGGUAAUAAUAGUGUUUUUAGAAAAUAAUUCAGUAUUUUUUUUUCCUGUUUUACUGGAAAUUUUACUUGCUAUUGGUAAAAAUUAUGAAGUGUGUGGCAGUUUUUACUGUACGAGAAUUUACAUUGAAGUUUUUUAAGGUGAGAAACUAUCAGUUCCUUUAAUAAGAGAUAUAUGUGUAUGAAGUAUAAUUUGGAAUUAAAAGAUACUAGAGUAAGAAUUGAAAGAAAACAUUUGCUUUAGUUGCAUAAUCUUUAUUUAUAUGUUACUUGCUAUUAAACAUGCAUUUUAUUCCAGGGCAGCAUUUAGUUCAAGUUUUCUGUAAAUACAAAUUUCAUGCUCUACAAAACUACAAAGGAGCUCUUGUUACUACUUUAUGAGAAAUGCACAAGUUCAAAAAGAAAUUUUUAGAAUUCCUGUCAGAGUGUGAGUGAUUAAAAAAAUUAUAAAUUUUAGCAAUGCAGAUGGAAAGACCUGUUCUAUUAAUACAAGUAUUUAUGAUAUGUAAUCCUCUUUACUGAAUGAUACUAAAGUUGGUGCUUUCAGCUUUAUAAACUGUAAAGUGAAUAUUUACAAGUUUGUUUUUAUUAGUCUUCAAAUAAGAUUUUAAAAAAAGAAGUAAAAAUGGUCUUCUAGCUGAUUUAUAAUUCCAGAUCUUUAACCCGGUGCAUAUAAAAAAUAUAUAUAUUACUUUACAAACUUGUACAUGUAUGAAAUGUGAAAAUUUACAUAUGUGGGGAAGUUUUAGAUUCCAAAUAUGUAUUUGAUGGCUAAAAAGAGGCAUCACUUGAUGUGCAGCUUUUUCCUAGAAAGAUUCAGGUUUUAAGGUACACAAAUGUCAGAUCUUAGUGGAUUUUUUAUAAUAUUGAGAGAAUUUCUAUGUUUUAAUUUAUUGAAUACUUGCUUACUUGUACAAUAUUAGUAUAUGUUUGAAAGGUACUAUGUUGGACUUGUGGAUCAGUCUGGAUUGUUAGAAGUGUAAGAAUUGAAGUUUUACUUGUAUAAAAUUAGCAAAUAUUCUUUAAUGUAUGUGUCUAAAAUGAUAGUUAUGAUCAUUUGUAGACACAAGGUUAAAACAAGAGAUUUUCAUUGAUAUUCCUAAUUAUUUCAAAGUAAAAAUCGCUAUUAUGACUGCGAGAUUUAUGCAAGGUUUAUAAUAUUAGCAGUUCAGAUACCAAGAAAUUAGUAUCUUGGUCCUGAAUUCAUGUUUAGGUACAAGAUCAAGACAAACUAUGACAUGUGGCUAUAGUUAUCAUAAGCUCAAAUUCUGAUUUUUGAUCCUGUUAUUUUCAAAUUACAGGGGUGGAAGUAAUUUUUUUAUUUGUAUAGAAUUUCUGCAACUCGGUCUAAUUUGCAUAACAAAACUUAAGAUUUGUAUAGCGGUUUCUAUGUGUACUUUUUGAAUUAAUCAAAUUUUGUAUCAGCAAGUUCCAUCAACGAAGUAAUUUGUACAUUACAAAUGUUACAAGCUGUAUUUAUAGAACAGUAUUUAACAUUUGUAUGAAUUAUUUCAUGUAUCAUUUGCUGUUUUUUAUUUUUUAAAACAGCUUAAUUUGAAUAUUCAUCAACAAGAAAAACCCACAGGUACUGUAGAUACAAAACAAUUGAACUCAAACUAAAAAGAUUCUCUUGCUUUACUUACUUCAGGUCAAACUGUUUUGAGAUGUAAACUUGUAACAAUACAUUUGCUACAUGUGGGCAAACCCAUUCUGAGUAAAUGUCCUAUUAUUGUUCUCCAUUUUAAGAAAAAAAAUCAUUUAUGACUAAAAUAUUUUACACGAAAUUAACAUCAACAUUCCCAGAAGGUUUUUGUACAUGUUUAAAUGUAGAACCCUUUUCUAUUCUGAAAUCUGUAGUAAAUAUUAAAGUUAAUAAUGGAACAUUUUGCUAAUAGCUUAUCACAUGCAUUCCAGUGACUAAUAGAUUGAAAAUUAUUUUAGAUGCUAUUCAAAGAUAACACUAUUUAACUACAACUUUACCUUAAGUGAUAUACUGCUUGUAGUCACCAUAUUCUUAAUAGGAUAACAUGUCAGGGAAGGACCAUUGUCUUUAGUAAGUACUUCUUGGAGAUGGAUAUCCUCUAUUUAUCAGGUUCUGCUGCCUCAUGCCAUAGUUUCCUACAAAAAAUGAUUCCUUAUCAUCACAGCAUUGAAUAUUUGUUUUUGCCAACAUAUAGUAUCUAGAAAACUGGUACAAUAAGACUGAAAUAAAUUAUAAGUUCAUGAUUAGAAUACAACACUAUACCCUUGAAACCCUUGUUACAGCAAUCUUACUCUGAACUAUAAUCAAAAUGUAAAACUGUUGAUUUUCACUUUUGAGAGCUCAUUUUAGAACCAGAAAGCUUUGUAAUAAGGUUGCCUAAAUGACAAUGCAAAAAAUCUCUCAAUGACUGGAUUAGGAUUAAUUUCUUUAUGGUAGGGACCCUUCAGUUUGAUUCUGAGCGGUUAUUUCAGUACCUUUUCCCUUAGUCUAUUUCUCCAGUUAAUUUUAACAUGCUACAUGACUGAGAAGGAUCACUGUAAAGUUGCAUUAAACAUCAGUAUUACUAAAGAUAUUUGCAGAACAUUAUUUAAAUUUGGAAAAUGUAGUAUGUAUAUGUAAAUUACUAAUUUCCAGAAUUCAUUUCUCACCAGACGCCCAAGGCUCCUACAGCUGAAUUGCUUAGCUUCAUUCCAUUCAGAAACUUUUGGAGCAUUUACAUGCACCCUUAAAAGUCAUUAACACUGAUCAUAUAAAGUGCUCAGUUCCUCAUUACCAAACACCAAUAAUUCAUCUGCAUUAUUAUGCCAUGCUGCAAGACCCAGCCCCUUCAAACAGCUCAAAAUUGGAUGUCUAAUUUUCAUUGAGUCUUCAAAUUUGUUUGUUAUACAUAGAAGAAAAAAAAUUCCACACACACAUGCGUUACACAUGGCAUUUGUAAGAGUAACUGCUCUGUAUUCCAACUCUGUUUUAUCAUUCCCACAUUUUCCUAUAACUGUACAUGCUGUUCUUUGCAUACAGAAUUACCACAAUUCAGUUCUGCAAGUGCAACUUCAACAGAAGGCAAAGCAUACGAGAAAUUAGCACUGUAACUUUGCAAAGUUAGAGAUAAUCUUGUCAGUUGAAAGAGGGUUUCAUCAAAGAACAUUAAAUACAGAAUAAGCUUUAAAAUUGUUAGCAUCUUUAAAGCCCCUUUUGCUUUUUACCUUUCUUCUCAGCUAUGUUUUCUAAGUCUUGCACUAUGACAACAAAAGAUUGGAAUUGAACUUCAGUUGCUUUGUGUUUAUGUACAGCCAUCACAUGCCAUGAACAUGACUGAGUUUUUCCACCUCUGUUUCUAGAAUGUUUCCUGAUUCUUUCGUUCUCUGAAUGUUUUGAUGCUCCUCUGGUACAGAUAGAAAAAGACUG